ACUGCUUCAAGCUCCCCAUUCAUUCCUUUCACUCGCAUCCCAGCAGCGGCCCUCCCCUCCCGCUUCUCUCCGCCUGGAAAGAUGGCUGCUCCGGCGCUGGUGAGAAGCUCCGAGCCGGCGCUGUGCCCGAGCUUCGCGGAGGUCUGCUCAUUUCUGGAACGCUACGGAGCGGCCCUCGACCUGCCCGAGAUGACUUUCCCACAGAUGGAGGGCUACCUGCGCGACAAGACGACAGUUCCUAAACCACUCAUAGAACUCCAUGUGAAACUGCUCCGAAAGCUUGGGAAGACUGUUUCUUCUGACCGCUGGGAAAAAUACCUUGCCAAGAUGUGCCAGGAACUGAAUAGUGCCUGGGCGUGGGAGCUGGAACAGAACGGCUACCAGGAUAUGUCCAUGGAGUGCAAGUCCAGCAUCCUCAAAUAUCUGUGCGAGUGCCAGUUUGACGACAACCUCAAGUUCAAGAUGGCCAUCAACGAAGAGGAGCCAGAGAAGAUGCGGCUGCAGCCUAUCGGGCGGGACCGACAGGGCCUGAUGUACUGGCUUCAGCUGGACCAGGAGCAGAACAUCCGGUUGUACACGGAGGAGCAGGACGACCUGGACGGGUCCACCUGGAGGUGCAUCGUCAGGACCCGCAACGACCUGGCUGAUGCUCUGGAGCUCCUCAAGGCCCAAGUUUCAAACCAAAACCAGGCUGGAUCCGGAAACAGCAGCCCGGCGCAGGUAGAAGCAGUGGAUGAGGUCACCAAACUCAGCAAGACCUCAGAAAGCAUUGCUGAUGGUGUGAAGGUUGACAGUGAAGGAAAAAACCUAAAACAAGUGACAAAUCAAGAGCGGAUACCGACCAUUAAGCAGGAGGUGAAAGAAGAGAAGGCCGAUGACCCACCUCCUGUUUUUGAUAACCACGUGAGCACCAUCACCUCCGUCAUCAAGACGGAGCGCAGGGACACCGAUGCCCACAAAAGCGCUGUGUCUGUCGUCAUGGCACCUGGCACGGCCACAUCAAAACAGGACGUGAACAAGGAGGAGGAGGCCGAGCGUGCAGUCGUCAGGAGCAGCCAGCAAGCUAAGAUACCACUGAAGAAGAGAGAGCUGAAGCUGGCAGAAAGCUACCAGAGCAACCACCUCAACAACAAGAGCAGCAGCAGCAGCAUCAUUGUGUGCAACCCAUCAGUCAUCCAGAGCAAGGACGUCUCAGUAGCGCCCCCCAGUGGCUCCGUGUCAUUGCAACAGCACACAGAGUCGAUCCUGAAACGAGAGCUGACCAAUGGGAGGGCGUCACUCCUGUCGCCACACAAAGAGGGACAAAACGAGGCAGUGAGCGUCAUAGGUCACGUCGGGGUAAUCCGUGGGCCACCCGAGCGCGUUCAAAUGCCCUGCGCUGGUCCAGAAGAUGAGAACGACUGCAGACCUGUGGAGGAAGACAGGGAGUUGAGCCGGAAGUCGGUUCUGGUGAGAAAUGCACCCGUUGUUGUAGAGGUGCCAUCUGUGGCCGCCACUUUGCUGCCUCAGGCUGCGGAGGGCACUGAGAGACUGGAGGUGGAGGACAAGGGCAAGAAACCAACAAAGGAUGAGGGCAAAGACACUGCGGCGAGCGUCCUUCAAGGAAUGACCACCAAUUCGGGAUCACAGGAACUUCAUGUGGAAGAGGAAGGAAGCAGAGACAGGCUCCAGAAGGACACCAGUACUUUAGGCUCCGCCCCUUCUGUCACAGAACCCCAGCAGGAUGGGGAAGGCAUCAAUGGCGGCCUGGUGGAUCAGUCUGGCGAGAAGGACAUUGCACAUGGUUCUGAGCACAAGCCGCGCCCGCUAGAGGAAGCCUCCUCAGAGCUCCAGAAAGAAGGAAUCAGGUUGAAGAUUAAGAUUCCCCCUCAUCGCAGAAACAAGCUGCGGGCCAAAGAUCAGCAGAGGGAAGUGUCUGAGGAGGGGAGGUCGCUCAGGAGGUCUGCAAGGAUUUGCAAGCCCAGCACCAAAACUACUGACGGCCAGAAAAAGAAACGAAAGCAGACUGCAAGAGAAGAGGAGGACGACGACAAUGACGACGAAGUAGAAGAUGAUGAGGAACAGAGUUUGGUGACCACGAAAGACAGAAAAGCUCAAGCUGUUGUCCAAACAAGGAAGCGAAGGGGCAAACGGAGACACGGACGCCCCCGCUGGACCAACAUUCGCACCAAAAGACGCAAACCGAAUGAUGCAGAGGAGGUGGUGGACAGAGAGGAGGAGGCCAGCGAGGGAGGAUUCCACUCAGAGGAAUCCUAUCAAUCUGAGGAUAUUCCCAAGGAGGACGCUUGCUCUCACUGCGGCCUUCCCAACCACCCAGAACUGAUCCUGCUGUGCGACUCGUGUGACAGUGGAUAUCACACCGCCUGCCUGCGACCACCGCUCAUGCUCAUCCCUGAUGGCGAGUGGUUCUGUCCCCCCUGCCAACACAAGCUGCUGUGUGAGAGACUGGAGGAGCAGCUGCAGAACCUCGACAGUGCUCUGAAGAAGCGAGAGCGAGCCGAGAGGAGGAGGGAGAGGCUGGUGUACGUCGGGAUCAGCGUGGAGAACAUCAUUCCUGGAGAUGAGGAAGAGGAGGAGGGAGAAGAAAAGUCUGCUAAGAAGAAAGAUCCAAAGAAAAGUAAAAAUCUGGGGAGAAGAUCAACCAGAACCAGGAAACACAUUAGCUACAGAUUUGACGACUUUGAUGACGCCAUCGAUGAAGCCAUCGAGGAGGACACUGGGGACGUUCAAACAGGGGGAGGCAGAGACAUCACAGCCCUCCUGUCUCAGGACGGGAGGUUGGGUCGCCGCGGGCCAAUCCGGGCCCAGAUGCACACCACCACCAGGAACAGGAAGAAGCGUCGCCUCAACGACCUGGAGAGCGACAGCACGGCGGCGGAGAGCGAGGAUGAGUUCACGCUCAGCGAAAGCUCAGAGGAUGAAGAGUUUGGAGGUUCAGGUGAUGAUGAUGAUGAUGACGACGAUGAGGAAGAUGACGGCGCGGGCAGCUGGGACAGUGCGUCCCGUCCCAGACGUUCGGCACUGAAGCACAGACCCGGGAGGACCAAAGACAAAGCCGGGAGACGACUGGGGCGGCGGAGGCGGCGGCGGAGACACUCCUCAGAGGAUGGCGGCAGCGAUGACGAGCUGGACGCAGAUCAGUACAGCGACAUGUCGGACUCCGAUAAGAAGCGAGGAGGGCUGAGGCGGGGCCACCGUCAGCAGGUCAACUACAGAGAGACUUCAGAGUCAUCGGACAAUUCCAGGACGUCUCCCAAAAGGGACAAAGUCAAACCACGCGGUCGACCACGCAAGGAACGUCUCUCCAGCGACUACAGCAAUGCAUCGUCUUCCUCACGGGACUCAGAAGAGGAGGACGACGAUGAAGGUGGUCGGAGGAGGAGAGAGAAGAGGAGCAGAAGCGAGGAGGAAGACUUCUGCGCUCGCCGGUCCAAAGCAAAGCGGAGAAGACGCCAAGAUGAGGAGGAGGACGAUGACGACGACCAGGCGAGAGGGAGGCAGCGUAAAAGGAAAUCCUCGGAAAAGGACGAUGACGAAGACAAGGAGAGGACAGCCAGAGAGGAGGAAGACCCGGACAAAAUGGGCAGAGGGAAGAGGAGAGAGAUGCUGUCUCAGCAGCGCCGCAAGCGCCUCGCUCAGAUGCUGAAAAAACGCAGGCCUUCCACAGAUGAAGAUGACUCCCAGGAAUCUGAAUCAGAGUCUUCCUCCGAGGAGGACCGCCCCAUACGGAAAAGACUCAACCGCAUCGACUCAGAUGAAGACGAUGAGGAGGGGGAGUCUGAGGAGGAGAUGGAAAAGUCAGAAGCCGGAGGCAAAGAUGACAGUGAUGCUCAGGAUGAGGGGCGGGGCGACAGCCCACCUCUGUCUAACAGACAUCGGACCUCCAGGGGCCCGGCCAAGCCUGGGACCGCAGUUGCUGCCGAGCCCAGGGACAGUGCAAAGUCAGGCGGGCAGGACAAACACAACGGGCCCUCACAUGCGGAGGAGGAAAGGGAGGAGGACGAGCAGGCCCAGUCAGACUCAUUAAACUCUGUCCAGAACAGUCCACAGUCAUGAUGGACCACAUUCUUCCUUGUGGCUUUUACUUUGGAACUUUCUGGACUUUUGUGCCCCCUCCCCUUCCUCGCCGUCGUAGUCCGACCGCCAUAACACUUGUAACACAACACAGAAGUAGCUACACGCUGUGACCAUAAACGGAUACUACAACUGAUCAUCCAUCCACCUGACUCUUCCUGAAAGCCCCGUGCCCCCGUGGUCCUUUUCACAGCACUCCAGUCAAUGAGUGCCAGGACACACUCUGAAUCACGUGACCUGGAGACUUAACUUUGUCUCCCGUUGGCGGGAAGCAACCACUGACUUUUUAAGGGGAAGCAACCGCAGUCUUUUUAAGGGGGUGGCUUCCUGGAAAUGUCAGCUGGUUGUUGGCUGUACAUACUUUACCAUACGCUCUUCUUGUAAAAUAGUACAUGUUUAGUCUGUUUUAGUGCUCUUGUAAGAUACACUGUUCUAUUUUCUCUAUGAAGGAGAGGACCGCUGCGGCACUGCGAGCCUCGCCGCCAUGUUUGAGAUUCUGCCACAGCUGCUCGCAGUGAAAGCGGACCAGGAGAAGAUACUUUUAAUCAAGCCAGCAGGGGGCAGCAUUUUAACAGCGAGAAGUAGAAAUGCUCAUUUACGUAGCAUUAGCUAAACUGACCAACAGCAACAAAGUUACUAUGGUUACAACAAGCAGCCAGGGGGCGUGUCCCCGGUGGGGCGGAGCAAAGCUGCUGCUCCCCAACAUACGAUACUUUUUUUUUUUACUGUUUUAAAAGUUAAUCUCCCACAAAUAAUAAUCUUCAAAGUUUUAUAAAGUAUAAGCAAUAAAUGGCCUUAAAGAAAGAUGUCCAUCUGUAAUAAAAAGUAUUGUUCAUCAAAAAUCAAUUAAUUAUAUUUAUAACAACAUUAAUUUGGAACAUAAUGCAUUCUUUUCAAGUACUGAGCUGUUUUGGCCUCAAAGUACAAGGAUCAUCAAAUUCUUUGAACAACAUAUUGGCCAUGUUCAAUAUUUUAUAUUCCAGCUCCCAUUUUCAACUUAAUUAUUCUGAUGUAUUACCCAAUCAACGCCCAGCAGGCCAUCCUGGUCACAUGAGACGAAAUAAACACUUUAUUUUUUUACUGCUGGAAGUUUGCUGUGUUGAUGAAGCUGAUGUGCGCCCAUCACAAAGUGGUCCUCUUUCCAAGUGCAACUUAUCAGGACUGAAACACUCAAGUGGACGUGACUCUGUUGUCGUUACUGUAGUGUCACUGUCUUCUAAAUGUUGUCUAAGUUAUUAAAAAACAUCACU